AUGAGACGGAAGUCUGAUCCUAAGAGGCUUGUCACCGACACGCACUGCGGCACCCGGGCAGGGAACGUCGUCCGCCAACCCCUUCCCAAGGCCGAUGUCUCCCCGUCGAACCAGGCCGAGAAGGGCCCGAUACACAAGGAGGCGAGCUGUGGCAGUGGCAAUGGCGGCGGCGAAGCAAAGAAGAGCGAAAUGCGGAAGACUCCACGCUUGGAGGCGUAA